CUGUCCAUGGAGAGAAAUCUUCCAUCCAUCAACGUGACGGACACCCUCUUCAACACGACGCUCACCGUCACCACGAUACUCGAGAAUCCGUACGUGAUGCUGCGGCCGAACCACCACGAGCUGGAGGGCAACGAGCGCUACGAGGGCUUCUGCGUGGACAUGCUGAAGGAGCUGGCCGAGAUCCUCAAGUUCAAGUAUCGCAUCCGGCUGGUGGGGGACGGACUGUACGGGGUUCCUGGAGCCAACGGGACGUGGGCCGGCAUGGUGGGAGAGCUCAUAUCGAGGGUAAAGACAACACACGCGCGGAAACAAAGCUCGUUUGCAUCUCGCAAAAGUAGCGUUCAGCUCUGAUAGCUCCGAGCUCGCAGCUUUCCUUCAUCUCAUCCACACAUAACAGGCAGAUCAGGUCACAUGAUGCCCAGCUCACGCUACAGAUGCAUCUACACCCUGACAAUUUAGAGCUAAAUAUCGUAGAGGCAGGA